AUGAACUCCAUAGUGAAAAUAGAAGAAAAUGUUGAACAGGAAUUAAUUCAGACUGCUCCUUAUAAAUGUGACAAGUGUCAUAGAACAUUUAGAAAGUUGCAUUAUUUAGAACAGCAUAUGUUACAUUAUUGUCAUAGGGAUGCAUAUUGUUCAGGGUCUUAUUCAGAUGCAAGUGCAUUAAAAAUACAUUUAAAAUCUUAUACAUGUGAAAAACAUUUCACAUGUACAAAAUGCGGUAAAGCAUUUUCUGAAAAAUAUCAUUUAGAUCAACACAUUUGUGCUCGUGCCAGAAAACAAAAUAUUCACGCUCAUACAGCAAAGGGACGAGGUGAACGUUCCCAUAUUUGCCAAAUUUGUGAUAAGACAUUCACACGUUUCAAUCACUUGAAUCAACAUAUGCUCAUUCAUACUGGUGAACGGCCUCAUAUUUGUAAAAUAUGUAAAAAAGCAUUCACACAAUCGAGUAAUUUGAAUCAACAUAUGCUAAUACACGCUGGGGUACGUCCCCAUAUUUGCAAAAUAUGUGAUAAGACAUUCACACAUUCGAGUAACUUGAAACAACAUAUGCUAAUACACACUGGGGUAGGUCCCCAUAUUUGCAAAAUAUGUAAUAAGGCAUUCACACAUUUGGUUCACUUGAAUAAACAUAUGCUCAUUCACACUGGUGAACGGCCUCAUAUUUGCAAAAUAUGUAAAAAAGCAUUCACACAAUUGGGUAACUUGAAACAACAUAUGCUAGUACACACUGGUGAUCGUCCCCAUAUUUGCAAAAUAUGUGAUAAGACAUUCAGACAUUCGAGUAACUUAAAUCAACAUAUGCUAAAUCACACUGGUGAUCGUCCCCAUAUUUGCGAAAUAUGUAAAAAGGCAUUCAAAAAUUUGAAUAAUUUGAAUAAACAUUCACUUAUUCACACUGGUGAACGUCCCCAUAUUUGCAAAAUAUGUAAAAAGGCAUUCACACAAUCGGGUAACUUGAAUAGACAUAUGGUCAUUCACACUGGAGAAUGCCCCUACAAAUGCAAAAUCUGUGAUAAGGUAUUCAAAUGUUCAAAAUCCCUGAAAAAGCACAUGGUUGCUCAUACCAAUGAGUAAUUAGUAUUUACA